AUCAAAUGUUUUUGUUUGACAAAGAAGUGGCUGAGAAGUAUGGAAGAGUAGCAGGGGUUUAUCUUGGUCGUAAACCAACUUAUGUGAUCUCGGAUGUUGAUCUAAUCAAGCAGAUCACUGUGAAAGAAUUUAGUAAAUUCCCAAACAGACCACUUUCUAGUAUUGGAAGUCAGUCUAUAUUUGAAAACAAGAGCUUGUUAACACUUGAAGAUGAAGAAUGGAGAAGAAUCCGUGUUACAAUCACUCCAACAUUCAGUGCACUGAAACUUAAACAGAUUACCCCUUUGGUUCACCAGUCAGCAAAGACACUGGGCAAAAAACUUGAACAAAUUGCUAAGACAGGAGAGAUAGUGGACAUGUGGAGGACUUAUGGAAAAUUCACCAUGGAAGUAAUCUUGGCUACAGCAUUUGGUGUCCAGGCAGACAUACAGAAUGAUGCCAAUGAGCAGUACACUCCAAAUGCAGAGGUUCUUUUUAAACAGCCUCCUCUUUCAUUUAUUUUAAUGGUGUUUCCAUUUAUGGCACGGUUGUUUCGGUUGGUGAUGAAGCUGAUACUGAGGUCGGAAAGUACUGAACGAUCAAAGUCAGCAAUGUUUUUAACUAAAGCUGCACAAGAAGUGAUGAGAAUGAGGAGAGAGUCUGGAGCUGCACAGAGGAAAGACGUAUUGGAGUUGAUGAUGAAAGCAGAGGUCACAGACAGUGAAGGGAAGAAAGUUAGUAAACUGACUGAUGGUGAAGUUCUGUCACAAUCUUUCACCUUCAUCUUGGCUGGAUAUGAAACAACAAGCAAUGCUUUAGCCUACACGACUUACUGUCUGGCACUGAACCCUGAAGUGCAAGAGAAACUGAUUGAAGAAAUUGAUGGGGCUGUUGGAGAUGAUGAAAAUGCUGCUUAUGACACAGUUCAGAACUUAGAGUACUUGGACAUGGUGUUAAAUGAAGCAUUGCGUCUCUUUCCUCCCGCUUUCAGGUUCGGCCGUGCUGUUAAAGAAAGUUGUACCUUAAAUGGUGUGCAGUUUGUUAAAGGUUCAGUGGUGAUUUUUCCUGUUUAUCAUUUGCACCGUGACCCAGAAUACUGGCCAGAUCCAGAAACCUUUGAUCCUGAAAGGUUUUCCCAGGAGGCUAAACAGCAGCGCAGCCCAUAUUGCUUCCUUCCAUUUGGCACAGGGCCACGCUCAUGCAUUGGGAUGAGAUUUGCACUCAUGGAAGCUAAGAUGGCUCUGGUUCACAUUCUUAAGAGGUUUAAGUUUGAGUGCUCUGCAGAGACUGAGGUACCUCUUGAGCUCAAGGCAACAAUCACAAUGGCACCAAAGAAUGGAAUCCGUGUGAAGAUUGUUUCAAGGGAAUAAGUCUCAAACAAAGGGAUAGUUUUUCUGAUUGUUACCACAAUUUUUUUGAAUUGCUUAUUUAAUGAUUUUCAUCUUAGAUACACUACAUUGCAGGUAGAAAACAUGAAAAAUGGCAAAGCAGUUAAGCAGAUUGAUCGCAUCAAAGUAACAAGGAAAAUCAUUUUUCAUAGUCCUUUGUGUGUUAACGUUGCCUUGUAUUAUCCCGUCAUUAAGCAAUGGUCAUUUUUGAAGACAUACUUUCUUGUGAAAAUCAUUUUAAAGUUUUGUCACUUCAUGUAGGAUCACAACAUGAGAAUUUAUUAUAUUAACACCAGUUUGGUGUGAGAAGGUAUAUAUACAUUCAUUUGACAAAUUAUUAUUUUGUUAUCAAUACUUGUUGAUUUAAUAACCUUUAGCUGUCAGAACUGUAUGAUGCAUAACCACUCCAUGCAGUAUCAUCACACUGUAUGCUAAUGUAGUGAUAUCAGUUAGGAAUCUAUGAAAAUGAUUUGAAUUUCUCAGAUCUGAUGUGCAAGAAAGCAAUAAGAUCAUUAGGAGAAAUAAGAAGUCAUUUUUUUUUUUAUAAUACAUAUUCAAGUACAUAUUCAUGGAAAGUCGUAGUUGUAUAUUAGCUUGGAUGAAAUGGAAAAUACUGAAACAAAUGGAAAUGAGAAAAUGAAUAAAAAAGUACAAAAUCAAAUGUGCAAUUUGCUGCUCUGAAUUGGGGGAAAUGUGUUGUUACUACUGGUAUUUAAAACUAACUUUCAUGCAAUUUAUGAAACCACACCCUCAACACAUUCACUAACACAACAACAUUCCCUUGCCAUCAAUUUUAUUUGAAUUUUAAAACUGUUUGCAUUAAGAGGAAAGAGACAAGAACAACCAUCUUUAGUAACACUAGAAGCCACUUAAUGGAACAAUCCUUUAUGCCAAUACAAUAUUUAAGUACUGACACUUUGUGUAAUCUCUAUAUAUUAGAAUGGUCUCUAUUCUGUUAAAACAUGUGGCACUACGUGAAUGUGUGAAAAUACUUGGUUAGUCUCUAGAACAAUGUAGAGCACCUAAAACAUCCUUCAAUAAUUCAGUUAUAGUAAAAUUAAUGUC